AUGCAAUUGGUGACCAAAGUUUUUAUCGGGUUUGCAUUUUUAUUUAUUUUAUGGACAUUAUAUGUGGAAAAUGAUAUUAUUAAGGUAAAUUUUGACUAUUUAUUUGAAAAUUUUUGAAAUUAAAAAUUAAUACCAUUCAGAACACACCGAAGUUUGACGAGUUGGAUGAUUUGAUGAGAGCAACAGAUCGACUAGAAAGGCUGCUGAAAUUCGAAAAUGAACAUAUGAAAAAAUUAGAGAAAGAGCUGAAAAGUUUGAGCGGCGGAUUGAAAGAAAAAUAUCGGCUACAGGAUUCGAUUGAUAAAAGUUCAAAAAGUUGGAAAGAGCCGAUACCUGUUUUGGUGAGCAAAUAUUGAUUUUAGAUAGAUUGAUCAUUGACUUCUUACAUUUUUUGUAGGUAUUUUCUUGUAAUCGUGCGUCGGCGGUUCGUGAGCAUGUUAAGAAGUUGCUCAAUUAUCGACCGAGCAAGGAACUUUUUCCUGUUAUUGUGACACAGGAUUGUGAUAAUGAGGCGGUGAAAAAUGAAAUCAAGAAUUUUGGAGAUGAUGUUCAAUAUAUUAAGGUAACAAAUUUUGAUAAAUCUAAGAAUAAAAUGAGAGGGCCUUGAUGGUUAUUUUUUAUUGAAUUUCAAACUCAAGACAAAUUUUGAAAUCUGAAAUUUAGCAUAAAAAAUAGAAAAACAGUAUCAACUAGUUUCAAUUUAUUCAAACGCUUAAAAUUGUUCAGACUUUUUUUACUGAUCUUUUGAGAUAAAAAUUAAAAUGUUUGCAACUUUUUCAAAUUUGAAAAAUUAAAAAAUGAACGGAAAUUACGUCACUGAAUUUGUUAUGUAAGCUAAACGUUCCGAGAAAGAACUCGAAAUGUUUUCAUGUGUAAACAUAAUUAACCAUGCUUGAGAAAAUCCUAAAACUCUGUUUGAAACUUUGAAUCUAUGUAUGACGGAUCAAAAACAUAAAUAGACACAACUUCAUAAAAUUUGAAUUUCAAUUUAGAAAAGAAUUUAUAUUUUAUUCACCACAGGCGUCUUUAUAGAAAACGUUUCUAGUUCAAGACCUCAAAAUCUCUCCGACCAACACAUUUUGGUCUAUAAUUGUUACUUUUCAGCACAUCGCCGGUGACAAAGCCAAAAUCACAAUUCCUAUGCAACAUCGAAUGUACACUGCAUAUUAUCGAAUUGCCAGACACUACAAACUUGCUCUCGAUUAUGUUUUCAACACCAAAAAAUAUACAUCUGUCAUUAUAACUGAAGGUAUGUAAAGCUAAUAUUUCCGAAUUUCAAUUCUGCUUGUUUUCAGAUGACUUGGAUAUCUCUCCAGAUUUCUUCUCAUUCUUCUUGUCAACAAGAUAUCUGAUGAGAGAAGAUCCAAAAUUGUGGUGUGUUUCAGCGUGGAAUGAUAAUGGAAAGGUGAUAAUUUUAUUACAAUUUGGAACUGAACUCAAUAAUGAUAUUUAUUUUCAGCGUGAAAACAUUGACAUAGAAGCUUAUGCCAAAUUAUAUCGCAGUGAUUUCUUCCCAGGAUUAGGAUGGAUGAUGUCCUCGUAAGUUUCUCUAAAUCAACAUAACUCAUCACACAAAGUAUAAUUUCAGUGACACGUGGAAUGAGUUAUCAGGAAUUUGGCCAGUUGGAUUUUGGGAUGAUUGGAUGCGUGAUCCUUUGAGACGAAAAGAUCGACAAUGUAUUCGACCCGAGAUUAGUCGAACUGGAAUGACAAACUUUGGAAAGGAGGGGGCUAGCAAAGGACAAUUCUUCAAUAAACAUUUGGCAAAAAUUGUGGUGAACAAGGAAAAUAUUGAUUUUUCAAAAAUUGAUCUGGAUUAUUUGUUGCCUGCUAAUUUUGAGAGAAUGUUUAAAGCUGAAGUUUUGGAGGAAGCUGAUUUGAUGGAUAUUUCGGAGGUGACGGCAUAUGUUUUGGAUCCAAAAAAUAAAGGAACCAGCAUUAGGUGAGACUUUUGUUAUGGUUUUUUAUUGGCAAGAGUGUCUCAAUAUAAGAAGGGAAAAUUUGUCGACAAAAAUAAGCACGUUAUCCAAUUUUCCCGAAAAAAAACCUAAUUUCAUCACGUCAUAAUUGUAUAUUAGUACACAUGUCUCUGAAAUAUAAUUACUUGUUAUUGAAGUAAUUCGGAGCACAAGACAGCUUAUUUUCAAUAGAACUUCUGAAUAUAUUAGUACAGAUCGAACAUUUGAAAACAUACAAAUGUUUCAGAGUCGUUUACACUGGAAAUAUUGACUACAUUGAAAAAGCCGACAAACUGCACAUUAUGCACGAUUUCAAAGCCGGAGUUCCACGAACUGCUUACGAUGGAAUUGUGACAUGUUUCAUUAAUGGAGUUCGCAUUUUCCUUGUCCCUGAUCGCACAAAAAUACCAGGUUAUAAUCCAGAUUGGUCAGUUCCAGCCAGUUUUGGGGAAUAGAGAAUUAUUAUGAUUAUUUUUUUAAUUUUCAGACUUUUCACGGGUUUCUCAGUCUUGUCUUUAA